CACAGCCGAGGUUAUGUGAAAUUCUGCAAAUUUGUGUCUGCUUUUUGUGUAAAUUCUUCAGUUUCUUCAUAUUCGAUCUUAUCACCAUGCCAUCCUUCUUGUCGGGCGCGUUGAAAACCAGAAACCGUCCUUCGUUUGCAGUCCAAAAGCAAGGCAUCUGAGUGACUGUUGUCGAAUUAAAGUAAACACGGCGAGUGCAUUGCGCGAGUGCUGCAGCCCUACGGGGCUCCCGUGUGGAUAUGGCUCACUAUUACCAAUCUAGCCACGACAGAUACCGAAAGGAAGAUUCGGAAAUCGACAAUUCUGGAAACGAGGAUUCCGAUUCUUCAGCAUUCACCGAAGAGCCUCAACAUUCCAAAACGAAAAAACCCAUAAACAAGGGUCGGUGGAGCAAAGAGGAGGAUGCUCGAUUGAAGCAGCUGGUGGAGGAAUAUAACGAGAAAUGGGAUGUGAUCGCCGAGCUUUUCCCCGACAGAUCGGAUGUCCAAUGCCAGCAGCGCUGGACCAAAGUAGUGAAUCCCGAAUUGGUCAAGGGCCCCUGGACUAAAGAGGAAGAUGAAAAAGUCAUCGAAUUGGUGAAUAAAUACGGAGCCAAGAAAUGGACUUUGAUUGCGCGUCAUUUGAAGGGCCGAAUCGGCAAACAGUGCCGAGAACGAUGGCACAAUCACCUCAAUCCAAAAAUAAAAAAGAGUGCUUGGACGGAAAACGAAGAUACGAUUAUUUACCAAGCGCACAAAGUUUUAGGCAAUCAGUGGGCUAAAAUUGCCAAAUUGUUGCCCGGAAGGACGGAUAAUGCGAUCAAAAAUCAUUGGAACUCCACUAUGAGGCGGCGAUACGAGACCGAGAAUCGGCAAGACGGGGAAACGCGUCGUGGGAGGGCCAGAAAAAACCAGACGAAACAAGCAGAUAUUGUGGCUUUUCAAUAUCAAAAUCAUCAAGUUGUGACAAUUGAUAAUUGUGAUAGCCGCAGUGUCAACCAGGAUAAUCUGAUUAUUAAUGAUGACUGGACUUUCGAGACGUAUGACCAUGGAAGCAACCAAUCUAGCACAGGCGGGUUCUCGCUUACGGCCACCCCCAGUCCAGGUCCUCUAACUCCCAGCCAUACGGUCGUCAGCUUUUCCUCCUCGCCUCCGCCCUCCACAAACUCAGUAAAAACAGAUUUGCCAUCAUUUAGCUACCUUGAUGUAAAUACGUACAACAACCAAACUAGUCCCGUGAAACUAACACCAAUGACUGACGAUUUUGACCUAAAAUAUUGCAACUCGAGUGGAAUCACUUCACAGAGGGAUUCCUCGGAAAGCCGCCAAUUUAUCAAGUCACGCCUGACACCACCAAACCUCAACCAAAACACUUUAGUACCUGUUGCAAAUACUGCUAAUAUGAUCCGAGCGUCCACUCCUCCGAUUCUGAGACGGGGGACUAAGUCGAGGCGAAGAAGGGAGAGUGAAGGACAAGAUUAUAUAAUGUCGGACUGUGCCGAAGACAGGAAUAUCGACGAAUUUGCUACCAUGUUGGGUUACAAUAAUAAACCGGCCAAUAAUGGUACUUCGCCGAUAAAACAGUUGCCGUUCAGCCCCUCGCAAUUCUUCAACAGCCCUGGCUUUUUCGAUGUGCCUUUGUCUUCAACACCGGUCAAGAGAUUCCCGACGACACCAUUGAAAGAUCGAUCAACAAAACCUGAGCGAGACUACAGCCCCUUGAGUACCCCCAACGGUCUUUCGGUCAAGGUGGAAAUGCUUAGUUCUACAACUGAUCCUGCAGUAACGCCCAGCAAGCGCUCGUUCCAAAGUAUGGACACACCCCGCACGCCAACGCCCUUUAAGAAGGCUUUAGCCGACUUGGAGAAGAAGUCUGGCCCUAUAACACACCUCCCAGACACGCCAACUCGUCUGGAAGACAUCACUGAAAUCAUGAAGAAGGAUCAAGAUAUCAGCUCGAAUUACGAAACAGACACCAGUCUCAUGAUAACAAAUGAUAGUGGUUACAUGACGGGGAAAAGAAAAAAUGGAAAUGGCCUCGCUGAAGGUAAAGAAAAUAUCUUGCCAAAUAAAAGAGUGCGGAAGGCUUUGGCGCCAUCUUGGGCUUCCACGUCUUCACAAGAUAUGUCGUUUGCUGUAGAAACUCCCAGUAAAUCAUUGGGCGACGAUCCUUCAGCUCUGUUCUCAACGCCAUCUUCGAUAAUGAAAGAUUCAUUGGGAGUUACCGGACUGAUGGAUUUUGCUCAGUCAGGAUCAUCCAAGCGCCUGCCAUCUGCCAGUGCCCCCUCCCGCGCCUCUGGUCCACGAAGCACCGCCGCCAAGCGGAUCACUUUUGAGGAUACUAGGCCCAAAGCUCCAAAGAUCGAGAAGAUGUGGGCUAUGGUAGCAUGCGGCAAGACUCAGGACCAGAUUGAUCUUACCAAACGAGCACACAAUUUUUUAAGAACUACCAGCUUAAAACCUCGUUCUUUAAAUUUUUAAGAAAUCUUUUGUACAUACAUGUGAGGGUGAUUCGAUUUACAACUAUGUAAAUACAAUGUUAUUUACAAAUAAUUUAGUGCAAACGAAUUAUAUUGUAGAUUUGUCAAGUAAAUUUAAUAAAGCAUCACAAGAGUGAGGUUUUGUUUACAGUUUUACUUUAAUUUUUUUAAGUACGUGUAUUUGUAUAUAGAGAUUCUUCAUUGAGUAAAUGAAACCUUACUGAACAAAAAACCGUGUAUAGAACUAGUCUACCAUUUUUUCUAUGUAUAAUUGUUUUCGUAAUUAUAUCUUUUAAUAUAUACAGUUACUAAAAAGGACACCCAAAGGUUGAAGUUGUAAUUUUAUUGCCAUGGUAGGUCUAGGUCUUUUUUUCUUGUUGUCCUUUGGGUUGUUUCGCUUAUAAAGCAUGCUUCAAUUUAAUUUUUGCAUCUAUUUAUAGAAAUGUGUUUCUGAAUUUAUAUUUAUUUUAUAAUUUUGACACUAAAUAAAAUUGGUACUUUUGUAUGAAGACAAA